AUGAACCGUCUGAGGUGCAUAGUUCUGUUGCUUCUGUGGACAGGCUGUACUUCCCAAAAUGGUAAGUUGUUCAGAUAAAAAGGCAGUUUUAACCAGGGGGAAAGGAGGUGGCUGUUCUGCUUGGUAUCAAAAGGAUUAACUGGUGAAGAAUGCAAGAGGGUGGGCUGGUCCAAGACAUUUUGUUGCCUGAAGCAAUGGGCAGUACGGUGCUUCCUUUCCAUUCCAUGUACAAAAGCUGACUGGUCACCUGAUCAGAUAGAGGGAGGGUGCCCAAGCAAUGCCAUGUUGUCACUGGAGGGGAAUGGGGAUGGAGGAACAAGCAGGGGCUGCUGCCAUCCCUGGCACCUGCUGCAUGAGACAGUUGUCUUAAUAUCUAACGGCAGAGCUGACCAAAAGUGGUAAAUAUGAAGGGGAGCAGGUGGCGCUCAGGUCUAAGCUACUGAGCCUCUUGGGCUUGCCGAUCAGAAGGUCAGCGGUUCAAAUCCCCGUGACGGGGUGAGCUCCUGUUGCUCUGUCCCAGCUUCUGCCAACAAAGUAGAUAAUUAGGUACCGCUACGGUGGGAAGGUAAACGGCAUUUCCAUGUGUUUUGCUUUCCGUCACAGUGUUCCGUUGUGCCGGAAGCGGUUUAGUCAUGCUGGCCAUGACUAAAUAUGGAUGAUAAAUAUGGCCAUGAUAAAUAUGGGUUUUCCCUUUGUAUCGACCUGAAUUAAAUGGUGGUGUCAGUAUAGGAACAUCAUCCUAAAAAAACCCAUAACAUCCAUCUUCAGCCUUAUAUGCUAUGUUGCUCAGAAGCAGUAGCUUAGGGCUGAAACAAGAAGACACUAGAGCAUCAUGCCCUGCUGCAUUUAUUUAAACAACUAUCUGACUUUUAGAAGACAUCUGAAGGCAUCUGUUUAUGGAAGUUUUUAAUGUUUGAUGUUUCAUUGUAUUUUUAAUAUUUUGUUGGAAGCAGCCCAGAGUGACUAGGGAAACCCAGCCAGAUGAGUGGGGUAUAAAUACAUCAUCAUCGUCAUCAUCAUUAUUAUUGGUCUUCAGUGAAGGAGAUUCACAGCCUCUUUUACACAACUGUCAAGGAGAAGAACUGCUUUACAAGGAGAGCAAUACAAAGGAGACCAGAUAACCAGGAAUGCCAACAAAAUCAGUUGACAAAACCUCUGUAAAAACUGCCAUGCUUAUCAAAUGGCAAUAAUCUCGGAAAUGGAAUUAAAUAUGAUAUAUAAUUUAUUGUCAAAUCUCUUCUUCAGAUUGUUAAUGCUAAAUAUCAUUCCAGUGUGUGAAAAACCACCUGAAGUUGACUUUGGGGAGACGGUAAGAGGGGAGAGAACUAAAUAUCGGGAACUUGAGAAUGCAAGAGUACAGUACACGUGUAGCCCAGGAUACGUAUUGGAGGGGCCCAAGUGGACAACAUGUGAUGGACAAAAGUGGACAACACCACCAAAAUGUUUAGGUAAGAGAUCAUAUUCUGUUAGCUUGUUUAUUAGGAUAAUUUCUAAGGGCUGACUCACACAAGUCACACAAGGGUGAUGCAUAAUGAGCCAGAGUUGACAACUGUUCCCAAAAGUGCUCUCUUCAUCUGGCAUUCUGGUGUAGAGGAAGACUUUAAAAAGGAUAAAAAGGAGCAGGGUGCCAACUUGAAUAAAAUAUGGGGGGGGGCAGGUAAGCCCUGCCCCUCAUAAUUGAUCACAAUUCACGGCAACCCCCACCCCAUUUGAAUGGCAAUGCCCAUCAACUUUGUGGGGGGAGAGGGGCUAAAUAUUUUAUUGUGGGGGCAAAAGGAUUUCGACCCCUUGGAGUUGGCUCUUGUGAAAAGGGGAGAAAAGCAGUCAAAAUAAACCAUAAAAUUUAAAAAACCAGAAGCAUUUCUGUUAGGGAUUGUAGGAAAAGACCUGCCAAGGAAAAUAAAGAACUUAUUUAUGUAUGCGACAACAGCGGAAGAGUCUUAAUAGCACAAGGAUGGAAGAAUGAGGAAAUCCCGACAAAAGAACAGUGGCAAGGGAAAUUGAUGGAUUAUGCGGAACUGGAGAAAUUGACAUACAAACUGCGAGAUAAGGACAACUGUGGCUUUAAAGAAGAAAGGGAACUUUUUACAAAUUACUUAAAAAAACAACAAAAUGAACUGGACUCCUUGGCAGGUUUUGAAUAAACACACACAAAUUUAUUAUUAUUAACAUAAUAGAUAGAUAAUUUAAGGAUCUUUACAAUUUUAUAAUAUGCAGAGAAUAAUAUGUGUUGAAAAAUCAGAGAGAGGAGCUGAGGGAAGUCUUGGGGGGAGUGAGGGAGGGUUUUUCUUGGGGAGGGGGGAAGGGAAAAAACGGGGGGGGGGGGAUGAAGAUUAUAUGUUUUUGAUGAUUUGAUAUGUUGAAAUUCUUAAUAAAAGCUAUUAAAAAAUUAACCAUAAAAUAAAAUUUAAAAACGUAUCUAAAAUGCUUGCUGAAAUUAAAAGGACUUUGCUAGGUGCCAGCAGUACAACAGUGAAGGGACAUGGCUGGUGUCAGCUGGGAGAAAGUUCCAUAUGACAGAGUAAUGAGAAUUGGGCCCCCCAAAAAACAAUUCUGGGAAUUAUAGGGAUAGAACUACCUAAAUUGCAUAGAAAUUUACCGGUAUUCAUGUAUGCGACUACAGCGGCAGGAAUGUUACCUGCCCAAAAAUGGAAAGAAGAAGAAGUCCCAGCAAAGGAACAAUGGAUACAAAAACUUAUGGAAUAUGCAGAAAUGGCAAAACUUACUGGAAGAAUAAGAAAUCAAGAUAACAAACUUUUUAUAAAAGAAUGGAAAUGGUCUAUUGAAUAUUUACAGAUCAAUUGUAAACAGAUAAAAACACUGGCAGGGUUAUUGUAAUAACCUGCAGCUAUAGAAGAGUAAAAAUAUAAAGAAGAUAAAUAAAAGAGUAAGUUAAGUGAAUUUGGAUAUGCGGACACAAUGAAGCCUUUAACGUCCUAUUCGUUUUCUCCCACUGGCAUGAUGAAAGCUGGACCAUCUGUAAAUUCCAAGGUUGAGUUUAGGCUACCCUAACUACAGUAAAAAGGGACGCGGGUGGCGCUGUGGGUUAAACCACAGAGCCUAGGACUUGCCGAUCAGAAGGUCGGUGGUUCGAAUCCCCGCGACGGGGUGAGCUCCCGUUGCUCGGUGCCUGUUCCUGCCCACCUAGCAGUUUGAAAGCACGUCAAAGUGCAAGUAGAUAAAUAGGUACCGCUCUGGCAGGAAGGUAAAUGGCAUUUCCGUGCGCUGCUCUGGUUCUCCAGAAGCGGCUUAGUCAUACUGGCCACAUGACCCAGAAGCUGUACGCCGGCUCCCUCAGCCAAUAAAGCGAGAUGAGCGCUGCAACCCCAGAGUCGGUCACGACUGGACCUAAUGGUCAGGGGUCCCUUUACCUUACCUUUAACUACAGUAAAAACACCUGCCCUUUUUUCCUUCUUCUUUUAGCACCCUGUAGUAUCACAAAAGAGCAGCUGGAUGCCAAACACCUGCUUCUGUUUGGUGGCCGAAGGCGUUCCCAUGUGAUUCAACACAACGGGACACUGGAAUUCCUGUGCAGGGAACGAUAUAUCCUCCGGCCUCCUUCAGUCAUGAAGUGUAAUGACGGACACAUGGAUCUCCCAUCAUGCAUCUCAGGUUAAUGAGCUUUCAACGCUUGAUAAUUCCUCUUGGCAGGGGGUUGGACUCGAUGGCCCUUGUGGUCUCUUCCAACUCUAUGAUUCUAUGAUUCUAUGAUUCUAUGAAAUACUCAAGGUUAUCCUACUUUUACAUUUGAAAGCCAGUUUGUCCAGUUGCUCCUACAGAUUCUGUUCCUCCUCCUCCUCCUCCUUCUCCUCCUCCUCCUCCUCCUCCUCCUCCUUCUUUUUAAAAUAAUCAUAAAUAAAUAAGAAUAAACAUGUGCACCCCACCACCGAGACCAUUCCAUUGUAACUAUCCAACCCCCCAGAAUUUCAACACCUCUUGCGGUGGUUUGACCCAUUUUUGUUUUAACAGUACAAAUUCUACAAACACCCUCCAUAUCUCCCCAAAAUCAUUUCUCCUGCAUAUUCCCCGUCUUACCUUAAUGGCACAUGUUAAUUUAUUGUUAAUCGCUAUAUCCAAUACCUUUUUAUGCCAUUCUUCCAUUUUAUACUCUGCUUGCCCCUUCCACUUUCUAGCUGUAAUAAUUUGUGCAGCUGUCAAUAAAUUUGUGAGCAUCACAGCCUGUGAACCUUCCACCUCAUCGUUAAUUGAUAAUGUUACCUCUGGACUUUCAGUCAGCUUUAACCCAGUGAUUUCUGUUGUCUCCUUAAACACCCUUUGCCCCCCCCAAAUAUUGUACAUAUUUACACCCCCACCACACGUGAGCAUAAUUCCCUGUUUCCUGGCAUCCCCUCCAACAUAACACUGAAUAUUCCUUGUUUAUUUGAUUUAAUUUGACUGGUGUUAAAUAUCAUCUCCAAAAUAAUUUACAGUGGUAUCUCAGGUUUACAUAUGCUUCAGGUUACAUACGCUUCAGGUUACAGACUCCGCUAACCCAGAAAUAGUGCUUCAGGUUAAGAACUUUGCUUCAGGAUGAGAACAGAAAUCGUGCUCUGGCGGCAUGGCGGCAGCAGGAGGCCCCAUUAGCUAAAGUGGUGCUUCAGGUUAAGAACAGUUUCAGGUUAAGAACAAACCUCCAGAAUGAAUUAAGUACUUAACCUGAGGUACCACUGUAUAAUAAUUUUCUUUUAUUCUUAUAGACAGCAUUUUCAACGUACGUUUCUCCCAUAAUUUCCCCCAGCUGUGACUAUCUAUCUGCCCUGUUGUCUCCUUUUCCCACACCUCUUUUAAUUUUCUGUCCUUUCUUAAAAGUGGUUCCUGAGCCCACAGUACACCUUGUACGUCUGCACGGUCUUCUGCUGUGGGAUGGAUUAGGAUGGUGGGCAGGUAAAUAAUAGCAAUACACAAGGGGAGCAAAACAAAGUAACCAGAAACGUGCACAAAACCUAUUGAUGAGGCCUUUGUAAAAAACAAAAUCAUAAGCUGUCAUGCUUAUUUGAAUUGUAAUAAAGACAGACUCCUGGAAAUGCAAUGCAAUUUGUUAAUUAUGAUGAUGGUGAUAAUGGAAUCUUGGCACUAAAUAUCAUUCCAGUUUGUGGAGAACCACCUGAAGUUGACUUUGCAGAGACUGUAAGAAGUGUGAGAACCCAGUUUCAGGAAUUCGAGAGCAUAAGGGCAUUUUACAAGUGCAACCCCGGUUAUGUGAUGGAAGGAUCUGGAUGGAUGAUAUGCAAUGGACAAAACUGGACAGAACCACUGAAGUGUCUGGGUAAGGGGCAUGUUCUGUUUGCCAGUUCCUUCUCCAGGUGGAUCACAUUUAGUCUAAACUCUCGGCUAUGACCUGUCCAUCUUUGGUGGCCCUGCACGGCAUAGCUCAUAGCUUCUCUGAGUUAUUCAAGCCCCUUUGCCAUGACAAGGCAGUGAUCCAUGAAGGGGAUCAACAUCUAUAGCAACAGCUAAAAAGUAUGGAGUCAAGUUUGUCUAGGUAAAUUGCAGCAUGUUUUCCUCUGGCCAUCCUUCUUGUGAAGGGGAAUAAAUAGAUGAAGAAGGAAUCACAGAUGCUACAAGAUUCUCCCGAAUCUUUCCCCCUCCCAAUUUUUUUUAAUUGAUUUUAACAAAUAUAACAUAUAAAACAUACAAAAGAAAACACAUUACAAUACUAAAAAAGAAAAAGAAAAGAAAAAAGAAACAAAAAUAUAAACACAUAUUCCUUCUAAAGUUCAUUUUAAUUUCCAUUGUUAACUGACUUCCUCAAAUCCCCCCUAACUGAAUUUCAUUGUAUCCGCUUCUAACAGUUCUCCUCUUUCUAAUAAUAAAAUUAACCCCCUCAAUUUACUAUCUUCUAGUCUUUUCUUAAUGUUCAAAAUCCAUAAUGCUUAACAAUUCAUUCUUAUUUUAUUCCUAAGCCUAUUUGAUAUUUUCAAGUGACUUCAAAUUAUUGUAUAUUACAAUAUAUGGCUAAAUAGUCUUUAAAUUUAUUCCAAUCUUCUUGAUACUCCUCUUCUUUCUGGCCGUGGAUUCUUCCAGUCAGGUCGGCUAGCUCCAAAAAGUCCAUAAUCUAAGAUUCUCCCAAAUCUCUGGACUUCCGACCUUCCCCUCAAUGCGUUCUAUUAUUAAACCUUUCCUACUGCAUCUUUUUUUAAACAAACCAUAUUUUAAAUAACUCCAUUGUAUCCAUAGUUCUUGCUACAAUACAAGUGUUAUUGCAAUCCUGCUAAUGUUUUCAGCUGCUUACAGUGGUUUUUAAGGUACAUUGUAAAAUUUCCCCACUCCUUAUUGGAGUUUUGGUCUUCCAGGAAGGCUAACUGCUCUUUUUUUUUUUUUUUACCCCUUGCAGCACCCUGCAGGAUCACAAAAAACCAGCUGGAUUCCAAACAACUGCUUCUGUCUGGAGGUCGGAGACAUUCACAUCUGGUUCAACACAAUCAUACAUUGGAAUUUCUGUGCAGGAAAGGGUAUAUCAUCUCAGCUCCUUCAGUCAGGAAGUGUCUCGAUGGGCACAUGGAUCUUCCAUCAUGUAUCUCAGGAUAA